AUGUCGGCUGUGCUGCUGCAGGUUGGGCAGUGUGGGAACCAGCUUGGUUUAGAGUGGUGGAGGCUGCUUACAGAGACACCAGCCCAGGGCAGAGAGCUUGACAGGUACCCGUUCAGCGCCAGGGAUGGGAAGCUGGGAGCAGUGUUCAUAGACAGUGAGCCCAAGGUUCUGAGGGGGGCUCGGCAGCUGGUGAGGAACAAGAGACUGCGGGAGUCCAGUAUCGUUGCAGGACAAGGAGGAAGGGGUAGCAACUGGGCAUAUGGAUACCACGGACGGCAGGGUGAAGGGGAUUGUGGGCUUCUCCAGCGGGCAAUGGAGGCAUUGCGGAUGGAGGCGGAGAGAAGGGACUGUUACUGUGGGACGAUACUGCUCCAUAGCUUAAGUGGGGGCACUGGGUCAGGGCUGGGGGCCAGGCUAUGUGAGGAGAUUCGGGAGGAGUUUCCUGCGGGUCAUAUCCUGUCUGUGUCUGUGGCACCAUACCAGAGUGGAGAGAGCCCUCUGCAGCACUAUAAUACCCUGCUGAGUCUGGCCUCCCUGCACAGGUCUGCUGAUGGUUUGCUGCUGUUCCGCAAUGACCAGGCUCUUGGCCCGGCUGAGCCCCUGCAGGGAGCGACUGGGGGCCUAUCCAACCCCUCUUGUCCUGGGGGUUCCUUCUCAGCAAUGAAUAAGCACAUAGCCAGCUGUCUUGCUGGCCUUCUGCUCCCUGUCCACAGCCUCACCAACGCCAGUGGGCUGAGUCUGGGAAUGGAGCCUUGGGAGCUGGUUAGGUCUGUCUGCCCCCUGCCUGCAGCCAAACUGCUGCACACCACUCAGGCUUGUUCGAGAGAUAGGAUGCAUUGGGACAGCCUGGCCACCUCCAGUCUCCAGGGCUUGCCUCACCUCUCCCCAGAAGGGAAGCAUCACAGCAGCCGUGCAUUGUUGGCAGUUGCUCGAGGUGUCCAGGUUGACUCCUUUGUCACAUCCACUGCAUUGCAGCGGCUGAUACGGGGCCACCACUGUGUUCCCUGGAACCCUUUUCCCGUUGACCACUGGACAGACCCACGUGACGAGCUGGGCUGCUCCCACUCUUCUCGCCGUCUUACAGUUUGCUCCAACCACAGCAGUGCAUCUGACCUACUGAGCCGGGUUGUCCGGCGUGCAGGAGAGAUGAUCCAGGCCCGGGCCUACUUGCACUGGUACCAGCGUCAUGGUGUGGAGACCCAACAUUUCCAGGAAGCACUGGACACUUUGAAUGCAAUAAUUAAGGAGUAUGACACCCAGGGGGACUGAGGCAGAGUUAAUUUACA